AUGCGCUUCUUGGCUCUGGUUGUCGGUGGCCUGGCUGCCUUUGCCGCCGCGGCCCCCGUCGUCGUCACUCGUACGACGUACAAAGUCGUCACCGUCCAUGGACACCAGUCCACCAGAGCUCCUAGCUACGCGGUCCAUCAUGUCGUUACCGCCACCAGGAAGGUUGCCACUGUCACUGCGUCUGCCGUAGUUGUCACUGGUCCCGCCAAGGUCAUCACUGUCAGCGCUGCAGCUCCUGCCGCCGCCAGUCACAACUCCCACUUCCACCGCGUCUCGUCUGCCGUCGCCCACAAGCCUGCCUCAACUACCAAGAUGGUCCAUGCUCCUGUCUCGUCCAGUGCCAACUACGGCUCCGACGACGACGACGGCGUUGGUAGUGACUGCGAGUCUCUUCAUGAGGAUGACCCCCAGCUUUGCCAAGACUCACUGGACGCUCACAACCGUCAUCGCCGCAACCACACCGUUCCCGACAUGAAGUGGUCCAAGGAUUUGUUCGAAAGCGCCAGCUUCGUCGCGUCGCAGUGCAACUUCAGCCACUUGAUGGACUACAACGGUGGAGGCUAUGGCCAGAACCUUGAGAUUGGCAGUCCGAGGGGUGAGAUCCAGCAUGCCAUCACCAACGGCUGGUACAACUCGGAGGUUGGAUUUUGGCCCGAUAGUUACUACGGCCAACCGACCCCUCCCGACAUGAUCGACCCUUCCAGCACGACUUGGGAGCGCUACGGCCACUUCACCCAGGUCAUCUGGGCCGCCUCGGACCAAGUCGGAUGCGCACAGGCUGAAUGCCAAAGGCUCGGAUGCGGCUCAGGUUCGAACGAAUGCCAUGACGGCUACCUGCCUGACGGUAAAUAUGGCCGUUACUUGACCGUCUGCAACUACAAGAGUGUUGGCAAUGUCAAGGGUGAAUUCGACAAGAAUGUCAUUCGUCCUCCGGUCGAUGAGCCGACCUACGUCGCGCCCUAA